UACUCACUCAAAAGAAAAAAAGCAAAAGCAACAGCUGGCCUGCCAUCCUUUCUCUCUCCCUCUGCGUCGACUCUCUCUGAAGAUCGAAGAUGGCGGUGAAGGACGCCAUAAAAGCGGCUGCGGCAAGGUUUGGAGCGGCCAUUGGAGGGUGUUUCGAGUACCUGUGGGCUCCCCUGAUUCUGGCCUACUUGGCAGCGUUCGCCUCCUUCAUCGUGGCUUUCGGCGACUACUUCACCUGGCCGAAGGAUAAGCAAACCGCUUUUGGAAGGGGUUUUUUGGGGGUUACUCUCGCUCUCGUCAUGGCUCAUGCCGUCGGCACCACCGCGCUCAUCGUCAAGACCAACCGCAACUGGGAUGAUAUGGAGGCUCACAUGGCGAAGUGGUGGGUGAACGCAACUCUCCAAUGCUUUUUGUUCGCCCAUGGUUGCCUUCUCAACUACGUCGUGUACUACUCCCGUGCCACCGUCUGGACCUUGGUCGUGGUCUCCAUCUACGCCUUCGCUAUCUCCCAGGCGGCAAAGUUCCCCCCGGCUACUUGGACGGCACUACACUCUGGUUCGGAGCCACCCUCAUCUAUACAUGGGGUCCACCCUUUGCCGGGGGCAGUGUGAAGGACCCGAUCUUAGUGUCGUUGGUCAUCGCCGUCCUUUGCUACACCAGGAGUUUCCUCGACCGCUACCAACCCGCGCCGCCGCCCAACCAUGCAGCCCGCGACCGCGAGUAAAUGGGCCGCGACGGUGCUCAGUGUCAGUGAUCCCCAGCUGCCUGGCAUCAUCCCCAUUCCCCUGCCAUCCAAUUCGUACCGCCACUGUUUAUUCCCUAUCUUAUAUUACUGCAAAUUGGAAUAGGGCCGGCUUUUAUUUCCUCCAUUAUAUAUAAUUACUGCAAAAUGGAAUGGGGCUUUUUCUGUUUAUUAAGCUACUGCAAAUGUAAUCAUUGAUGAAUGAUGAAUGACUAUGAUGCUAAUUACCAAAUUGAUUACGUCCAAGUUUUAUUAACAAUGCAUGCAUGCAAUCUAAUACCAUUAACCAAGUACGUAAACUAACUUAACUUAAUUCCACUACUAACUUAACCAAACUAAAGCCUAAUUAAUCCGUUAAUCGUGUGUCAACCAAUAUAACACGUUAUCUAAUCCCAUCCAUCCAAUCUAUAAUUCUGCUAGCUAGAUAAUCGGAUUCCAGUUAAAUUGAUUUUCAGUCUUUACCGUAGCCUUUUCUUGGGUUGGCCUGGCCAUUUUCAAGCCUUUUUCUUUGUGGCCCUGGCCCACUAACGUACCCUUUUGUUGGGUCAGAAACUUAGGGAGGGGACGGGGGUUAUAUAUUAGCAGUUGUGGGUAAGAACGGGGACUGUGAUAUUUUUUUUUUAUGAAAAAAAAUAAAAUAAAAAACCUUAUAAGGAUGACAAGUCUAGUACACUCACGUACGUUUUGCUAUUAACCUACCUACUUAUUACGUACGUGCCACUAUUUCGGUGCUGAGUGUCACAUAUAUAACGUAACUCUAAGUCGAAUUUUACAUUUUCAUUGAUAGGAUUACUUUAAUAUCACAUAUGAUCACAACUAAUCAAUGCAUUGACCUAAACUUUUUAGACCAUCAAUUUUGAACCCUAUAUCCUAAAUCCUUCAAAUCAUAGUAAAUCUUCAAUGAUUCUUGUGCAAAUUCAUGUGCUCUAUUCUCCAUCACAUCUCAAGUGAAGAUCGACAUCGUUUCGACAUCAAUCGUCUAUUUAAAAUGACGAUUAUUAGGCGACUACUUUGAAUUCAUUAAAAAAGAAAAGUGUGUGCACAUAAGGCAAAACAAUAUAUAUUCCCACUCCCUUCGUUUUUCUCGGAACACGUAAUCGCAAUGACUCGAGAGUAUCAUCAAGAUUUGGGAGCGCCAAAGACCUUCUUACUUAGAAUCCAAUAUAUGACAAAAAAAAAUCCAACAAAUAACACCAAUAUUCAAAUGUUCGUACUUAGAAUUUAAAAUAUGUAAAACAAAUAACACUUAAUAUUCAAAGAUAAUUCAAAUCCUUAUUUCUCUCAUUGAUCAUUCUAAAUCAAAGUUAUUUAUGCUCAUCUUCCAAGCCACACUCACUACAGGAAAAUUCUCCUCCGACUAACAGGUAAUUCUCAUGACUGAUAUUUGAACACGGUAACACUAUCGUGAUUAAACUAUGAAAUAGUCACAAGAUUUUCCAUGAUUGUGAUCAAUUUACAGUAACGAGUUUUGUCUCAAUGGUCACAGAGGGUCGUGAUCGUUGGUCAUUAUAAUCAUAGGAAAAUCAAUUUACCCGUGAUUUUGGUACAAAUAUUUUUUUAUGGGUGUCGCAACCGCUCCUCGAGAUCGGGGAGCCGUCCUGCGAUGCUCGGAGUUGCCAUCGACCUUAAUUGGAGUGGAUCGAAUGAUAUCGAUGUGAAUAUAUCCUAUAAAAUAAUCAUUCAUGA